CGUUGGUGGUGUGCGUAACACCGAAGGCGCGGUCAUACUAGUGCACAUUAUUAAUUAUGAAACAUUUCCCGUGAACACAUGUGGAUUAUUUGAUUGUUUUGAUUAUAAAUUUUGUUCAAUUUCGUAAUAACUAUAUUUUUCGAUUUAUUUUAACCAAGUGAAGUUCUGCAAUGGACAACUCGACGUUCUGCGCCCUGUGUCUUCGCCGGAGCCCUUCAGAUGGCAGCUUUUUCGGGUACAACAUCGGGACCAACUCCAAGUUUCGCAAUACAAUGAAUGCCGUUCUCGGGGUCCAGCUUGAACUGGAUGAUUUCUACACGUGCAAGUCAUGCCUCAAGUUGGUCCAGUUGCUGCAGGACUUUCGGGCGUGCUGUUUGGAGGCCAACGUGAAGCUGAGGCAGUUCGGACAGGGAGUUAAAAGCGACGACAAGUGGCUCGCCGGACGGACCGCCCAGGUGAUUGAGAAUGUCCGCGUUGCCGUGGCGACUCACGCGGAGCUGAUCAGGAACCUGUCGGUGGCUGUCAAGGUGGAGGCCGUGGAUCAUCUGGAGGAGUCUGAUGCAAGCUUGGAUGAAUUUCCCUCGCAAUACAUCGAUGUUAAAAUCGAAACAUCGGAUGGAGAGGCCGAACCGGAAUAUCUGGAUUUCACGCAGGAAAUGGUUUCCGACAUGGUUGAAGGUGAAAUUCUGAUCGAGGAGGAUGACGACGACGAAAUAGACUUCAGUACUUAGAUUAGAUCAUCCGACGAAGCUGAGGGCUCGGUUGAUACGAAUGAUUUUCCGUUCGAAAUCUCCGAGUGCAGCAAGUGUAACCGGACAUUCGACAGCGUGCAAGGGAUGAAAACGCACUUUGUUCAGUGCAGAGGAGAGGACGAUGCAGUUCACUUUAAACACAAGUGCCCUAUUUGCUCAGUUUCGUUCAGAUAUCCUGCCCUGCUUAAAACUCACAUGAACAAACAUGACGGCAAAUCCCCAUACAAAUGCCGCAAACGGUGCAACCGGAGCUUCGUCGGAAACGUCAACCGGUACAUCCACGAGAUGCAGUGCGCCAAGGAACCGCAAAAGUGUCCCAUAUGCAACUACGACCUGAAGAGUAAGCGAGCCCUG